UCUCUCCACUUUCCAGAAUGUUACACGGCCAAUGGGGCAGACUAUCGGGGCACGCAGAACCAAACCUCCCUACAUGCAGGGAAGCCUUGUCUCUUUUGGAAUGAGACCUUCCAGCACCCUUACAACACCUUGAAAUACCCCAAUGGAGAAGGAGGGCUUGGGGAGCACAAUUACUGCAGGAACCCUGAUGGAGAUGUCAGCCCAUGGUGCUACAUUGCAGAGCAUGAGGACGGCGUGUACUGGAAAUACUGCGAGAUUCCAUCCUGCCGAAUGCCUGGAAAUCUUGGCUGUUACAAGGACCACGGCAACCCACCUCCUCUGACUGGCACCAGCGAGACCUCCAAUAAGCUCACUAUCCAAACCUGCAUCAGCUUCUGCCGGAGUCAGCAGUUCAAGUUUGCAGGCAUGGAGUCCGGCUAUGCCUGCUUCUGUGGGAAUAAUCCUGACUACUGGCGCUACGGGGAGGCUGUCAGCACAGAGUGCAACAGCGUCUGCUUUGGGGACCACACGCAGCCCUGUGGUGGCGACGGCAGAGUCAUCCUCUUUGACACACUUACUGGUGCCUGUGGAGGAAACUACACUGCUCCGACAUCAGUGAUCUAUUCCCCAGAUUUCCCUGAUGUGUACGGCGCGGGCAGGGUCUGCUACUGGACCAUACAAGUUCCAGGGGCAUCUCAGAUCCAUUUCAACUUCACUCUCUUUGACAUCAAGGACUCAGCAGACAUGGUGGAGGUGCUGGAUGGCUACACGUACCAUGUGCUGGCCCGUUUUGACAGCAGGAACCAGCCUCCGCUUUCUUUCAACAUCUCUUUGGACUUUGUCAUUCUGUAUUUCUUUUCAGACCAGAUAAAUCAGGCCCAGGGAUUUGCUGUCAGGUACACAGCGACCAAGGAGAUGGUACAGCAGGACAAAGCCCCCGUCAACCUGACCCUUACUGAGGUGAUAACUGAACAAGCAAAUCUAAGUCUCAGUGCAGUGCGGUCUUCAAAAAUACUUUACGUCAUCACGAACAGCCCAAGUCACGCCCCUGGCACCAUGCCUGAGUGGACAGUCUAUGGCCUUACAGCACUGCUCAUCCUGAGUGUCACUGCCAUACUGGCCAAGAUACUUCUGCACGUCACAAUGAAGUCUCACCAAGUGCCCUCUACAGCCGAGAGAGAUUCCUACCGGGCGACCCGUGCAAGCGAGAUCUGGAGUAUUUUUUAUGAGCCGUCCACAUCAAUCUCCAUCUUCAAGAAAAAACUGAAGUAUCAGCAAGACGAUUGCAACCCACUUGUGGAAGACUAAGUUCCAGUUACUCCACGGGGCACAGCGUUCUGCAACUCGAGGUGACCUGGCGCUAAUGCUUUUCCUCUCGGUCUGAUUCUUGUCUCCCAAGAUCUGCUCCUCCGUGGGGCUUUGACUGACCUUCCUUUCCUGUAGUUCUCCAGUGCACACCAGACACAGCAGAGCCAGCUGCUGUAACCAUUUGGGAGGAUCUGGUGCUUGCCAGAUCUCUCAUCCUGCUCAGUACUGCCAUUAAACCAGUGCACUUGAAACAGAAAUGAGCUGUCUAAAAUGGUGAUGCCCUGCACACCGGCAAAACAAGGGAAAUGUGGAACCUGUGGAGAUCAGCGCUCUGGGUGUGCUGGGACUGCUCCUUAGGCCCCCUGAGACUCCAAGCUGAGCCCAAGUAGAGAUGCCACUGUCGGUUCAGCUCCUGCAGCAACAGGUGGUGAACUGGCUCUUGCUGUAAAUAUUUCUAGCUGGCAGUGGACAGAGGUGAGCGAGUCAAAGACUUUGGAAAGGUAUCUGCCCGAUAGCCAGGGCUGUGCUAUUUAUGGCUGGCCUCUUUUCAGAAGCACAAAUA